AUGGUACCGGAGCAGGAGACUGGAGGAUCGAUAGAGCGAUCCCGAAGGCAGUUGUCAACCUCGGCCCCCUGCCCACCCAAGAACGACGCAGAGCCUAUAAAGGAGUCCGAGGUCGCUCCAGUGAGCCAGGAGGAGACGGCACAGGAGAUUGCACAAUCAUCACAGGUCUCGCCUCGACAGUGCCAGGCCCCUGAGUCUGCACCCCUAACCCGCAAUCCCUCGUCCGACUCUGCCAUCUCUGUGGGUGCCUCAGCCGCCGCCAGCCCAGAGCCCAUCCUUCCAUCCUCCUUGCACGCGCUACCUCUGGAACCUCCCGUCACAAAGGCUACGCUGAGCGAGCUGGACGUCUCAAAGAUCAUCCACAACCCCAAGCUUCGCCACGACAUCAACUUCGACCCAGAGCUUCACUUCCGCCCCAAUCUGGAUGGCGAAAAGGGCCGCAGAAAGCAGGACAAGGCAAACCAGUUCUGGAAGACGCUGAAGCAGGAGCUGUCAGAGUUCAUCAUCGACAGGCCUACAUUCAUCUACAAGCAUGGCGAGACCGACGAGUGGACCUUGCCCAUCCUGCUCAAGGCCGUCAAGGAGAUCAUCCAGACGCUGGUUCCCCAGCGAGACCGCCAAUUCCUGGACGAGGGCCUCAACGUCGAUCUCCUGAUGCAGCAGUUCCACAAGGGCGUCGCCGAUCUGGAGAAGCUUGCCCUGUGGCUCUCACGUGUGCUGAAAUCGCACUGCGCGCCCAUGCGUGAUGAGUGGGUUGACACCAUGUACAACCAGCUGAGCAGUGGAAACCGGAACAUGGACCUCGACGAGCUCGUUACUGGCAUGCGCAGCCUGCUCAGCGUUCUCGAGGCCAUGAAGCUGGACGUGGCAAACCAUCAGAUUCGCUGCCUGCGACCCGUCCUCAUCGAGGAUACCACCCAUUUCGAGCAAAAGUUCUUCAUCAAGAGGAUGGAAUCUGGCAAGACAGACAUCAGCAUGUCAAGGCAAUGGUAUAAGGAGGCCGAGCAGGCCUACACCGACAGCCGAUCGCACCCUUCACAGUCAUUUGGCGACACGGGCGUCUUCUUCGAGGCCCUUUCAAGGCUCAUGCUCCCCUCGGCUUGGGACGAACGCCUCCCCAACACCUUCCUCUUUGACGAGGAGCGGCUGAUGAAGCUGAGGGCCGACGUCCUGGAUGCCAUCAACCUGGAGGUGUGCAUGCGCGUCUACGAGGACUUUGACAAGAUGAGCCGCCGAUCUAGCCCCUCAGCGCCUUCAUCUGAGGCAUCCUCCCACGUUGAGGACAUCAUGGAUCGAUUUGACUUCAACACACCGCCAUCUAUUUCUCGGCCAUCAAGCGUCGUCCAUAGCGCGGCCGGAUCUGCUUCUUCAUCUCCUCGAUCCUCAUUUGUCGUUCCCUCCUAUGUCGCUCCCCGACAGGACUCCCAGACCAAGGCCCGUGAGCUGUUCCAUACCCUGGUUGCACUGCUGCAGACAUCGCCACCCGCAAGCCAGCCCUCUGCGCGAUGGCAGAUGAUGGCUCCGUCAAUGGCGUUGCAAAUCUUCCGGUUUGUCAACCUGCCAGCCACCGCCCUGCCGGAGCUGGAAGCUAGACUGUCUGCCGCCCUUGGCGAUGUCGACGCCAGCUUCUACCGAGAUGUCGAAGAGAACUUCCUCGGCCGCCUGAUGGCUGAUCUUGGCCAUCGCGUGCGCGAGUUCAAAGGGCUCUCUGGAGUCGCCCUGUUUUCCAUGGCAACUGGCGUCCGCGUCCCCAGCCGCCGCCCUGGCUCGGCAGAUCGCGAUACCGACGGUCUUUCGCGGGAGCCCUAUGACGAGUCAAGCCUUGACGACAUUGCUACCAGACUGGCACACCUUGGCAUUCUCCACUGGCGCGUUUGGUCUCAAUUGGCGUAUGCCGACGAUGUCGACCAAAUGGCGGUCGACGACGAGUCGAUGCAAAUCUGA